AUUGCCGCCUGUUGCCCGAGGUCCCUGCCCAGUGGUAGGUUGCCGCCUGUUGCCCGAGGUCCCUGCCCAGUGGUAGGUCCCUGCCCAGUGGUAGGUUGCCGCCUGUUGCACAAGGUCCCUGCCCAGUGGUAGGUUGCCGC